GGGAGUCGGGCUCCUCAGAAGAAGAGGCAGCCACGCAGCAGCCUGAGUUCAAGUGUAAACAGUCGAGCCACACGAAGGCAAACGCUUUCUCUCGUUGGCUGCGCAGUCUGAUACCACAGAACAGCUAAUCCUCUGGCGCUGUGAACCUGGGCCCCUAGCUCUCCGUAGCACACCCCCCCCCGGCCCCCCAGGCCCACCCCCAGCGGGUCUAUAUGGUACCGGGGUAGCGGUGGCAGACGGACCACCCUGCUGCAGUGCUCUGCUGCUGUCUCCCACAGCCAGCCCAUGUGAGAGGCUGCUGGGUUCUGGCUAGAGCCGAGACCCGGACGCACAACCAGCAGCCAUGGGGAACGAGAACAGCACUGAGGAGGCUCCGCAACCAGAAGAUGGCGACGAAGAGUCCGUUUUUCUAUUUCCACCUCAGGAAUAUCAUUAUGACAUCCCUAAGACUGGAUCUCGGGAGAGUUUGACUCAGACCACAGCGCUCGGAGAGGGGCCGGGGCGGGCCGAACAGAACACAGAAGCGUCGACGUUGUCCCUGCUGCCGGACAUCCCGGUGGUCUGCGGGUUACCGGAGGAGUCCCGGAGCGGGUUCGGAGGGUACAAAGAGCCAGAGGAGGACCACGAGGAUGAGCUGGAGUUCCCCCAUGACCUGCUGCCCAGCCUAGACUUCAGCAGCGACCUCAACAUCUGGGAGUCCUCGCUGGGGCCCCUCCCAUCUCUGGAGUCUCCACAACUAGACUUUCUCACCCCCACCGCGGAGACCUCCGUUCCACUCAGUCUGCCGGACAGCACACUGACAGCGGCAGCAGAGGAGCACCGCACUGCAAACACUGCGCCUGUGGAAUAUGUGCAGAAACCGGGAGAGGUUUUGAAUAGGACAGUCGAGCCAGAACUGUUUCAAGAAGCAGUAACGAAGGCGGAGAAACUUCCAGAACUAGUGAAGUUGCCAGAGAUACUUCCGAAACCAGUGAAGUUGCCAGAGGUACUUCCGGAACCAGUGAAGUUGCCAGAGGUACUCCCUGAACCAGUGAAGUUACCAGAGAAACUUCCAGAACCAUUGAAGGAGGUUGCAGAGCUUCCACCGCCAGUUAAGGAGUCGGUACACCUUCCUGAACCAGAAAAACUAUCGGAGCAACUUCCUGAACCAGUGAAGCUACAAGAGAAACUCCCGGAACCAGUGAAGCUACCAGAGAAACUUCCUGAACCAGUGAAGCUACCAGAGAAACUUCCUGAACCAGUGAAGCUACCAGAGGAACUUCCAGAACCAGUUAAGCUACUAGAACAGCUCCAAGACCCAGAGAAGCUACCAGAGAAACUUCCUGAACCAGAGAAGCUACCAGAGAAACUUCCUGAACCAGAGAAGCUACCAGAGAAACUUUUUGAACCAGUUAAGCUACCAGAACAGCUCCAAGAUCCAGAGAAGCUACUAGAACAGCUCCAAGAUCCAGAGAAGCUACUACAACAGCUCCAAGAUCCAGAGAAGCUGCCAGAGAAACUCCCUGAACCAGAGAAGCUACAAGAGAAACUCCCUGAACCAGAGAAGCUACCAGAGAAACUUCCUGAACCAGAUAAGCUACCAGAGAAACGUCCCGAACCAGAGAAGCUAUCGGAACGGCUCCAAGAACCAGUGGAGAUACCACUACAGCUCCCAGAACCAGUAAAGGAGUCUAUACAGCUUCCAGAACCAGUGGAGAUACCAGUACAGCUUCCAGAACCAGUGAAGCAGUCUGUUAAAUCUCCAGGCCGAGUAAAGCUAUUGGAACUACUGCAAGAACCAGUGGACAUACCAUUACAGCUUCCAGAACCAGUGGAGCUAAUAGCGAGCCUUUCAGAACCAGUAAAGGUACUAGAUAAUUUACCAGAACCAUUGAAGCAGACAGAACCGCUUCCAGAACCCUUAGAGGUACCUGUAGAACAACCAAAAGAAGAAGUUGUUCCAGAACAACCAAAACACUCACCAGAGCUCACAGAACCAUCUAAGAAUUCUGUAGAGUUCUCCGAACCACUAGAGGAACUCGACAACCUUCCACAAGUCCAAAAACCAACUUUGACCUCAGAACCUGAAAAUGGCGCAGAACAAUUGAAGACAUCGUUUGACGUCCCUGAACAAGAACAAGAAGUUGUAGCACUCAGAGAACCGCUGAAGGAACCGAUCACUGUGCCAACCAGGGAAGCAGAAGAGCUACCUGCUGGGAGCCCACCAGUGGAACCAGUGAGCCCACGAGCUGAGGGAACCCCAGUAAGCGACACAGUCGAGGAUCCAGCGGAAGAGCCACACAGCCCUGAGCCCUCCCUUGCCGAACAACCCCAGAGAAGUGACUCCCCCUCUGCCUCCUUGCCUCGCAGCCCUCCUCCUCCUCUUCCUCCACCUCCUCCUCCACCAGAGCCUCCUGUCCACCGUGACAUUCCUCCUCUUCCGCGUUGGGACGACACCGACUUCCCGACUCCUCCCUCGUCCCCCUCAGAGACGCACGUCUCCCCCACCGCCGUCCCGCUGACCCCCCCUGCAUCCCCCAGCACUUUCCCGCCGCCACCCCUCGACCCUUCACCGGCCCCCCCACCCGCUCCCCAGGAAGGACACCCCUGCCCUGCUGCACCUCACCCCCCCGCAAGGAGCUCGGACUCGGACGGAGCCUUCGAGACCCCCGAAUCCACCACCCCAGUCAAGUCCCCUACCCCAACUGGACCUCAAGACUUGAUCCCCACCUCGGACGACCAAGACUGUGGUACUGGCUCGGUGUCCGACCUCACCCUCGUGGUCCCCGACCCUGACGGCCCCUCCUUCCAGCCGCCCACCCGCUCGCUCUCCAUCGUCUUCGACGAGGACAAGCCCAUCGCCGCCAGCGGCCAGUACAACAUCGAGCACGGGCCGGCCGGCUCCGCCCUGACCCGCUCGCUCAGCCUGCAGGGGGGCGAGCUAGAAGGCGCCGAUCCCCUCGACGGCGCCGACCCGCUAGACGGCGCCGGCGGCGACACCGCGGCGGGCUUCCACGCGCGCGCCGAGUCGUUCAGCGUGGGCACAGGCAGCGCCCCCGGCACCCUCCGCAGGCCCAAGAAGGGCCGCCCGGGCUCCCUGAAGAAGAAGCCCCUGGACGGGCAGAACUCGGACCCCGAGGCCCCGCGGGUCACCCCCUCCUCCGGCAGCACCACCCCGGAGACCAAGAGGAAGCCCCACGCGCGCACCGGCAGCCCCCUGCUCCAGGCCCAGGACGACCCCGAGGCGUCCCCCGCCACCCCCAGCCCGGGAGGGACGCUCCGACGGACCCGCAAGGCCCGCGUGGACACCCCGCCCCCGCUGCCCGAGGAGACCGCCCCCGUCGGCCCGGAGGAGACCCCCGUGGCCCCGGCCGUGACCCGGGAGGAGGAGUCCCCCCUCCCCGCGCCCCGGACCCCGCCCACCGGAGAGGACGCCCCCAUCCUGCCCCGAGGCGCCUACAAAUGGGACCCCGAUAACUUUGACGACAUCGACCCCUUCAACUCCGGAGGGAGCAAGAUCGCCAACUCCCCCGAGUUGGCCCGGAAAGGACCGGUCCCUCCCACGGAGAGGAGGCCCCGGGCCCCCGAGCAGAGCCGGUCGGUCGCCCCGAGGGGCCGCAGCAGCAGCAGCAGAAGCCUCCGGCGGUGA